AUGGGUUUCGGCUUUCUCGAGCUGACCUCCCCGGAGGCAGUACAGCUGGCCAUCCAGCAGCUAGACGGCAACUUGGUGAAUGGACGGCCCCUUAAGGUGGCCGUUUCGGAGGACAGGAGGGUCCAUCAGCCCCCAAAGAUCAACCUGGAGAUGCCGGAUUUGGAACUGGUCUCGUAUGAAGAGCUUGAUCCUGUCCCCAAAGCUGGGACCCAGAGUGCUCUCCCUUUAAAGCUGAAGGUCUGUUACGCUGUCCCCAUGGAAAUGCGAAGUUCAUUCUUGCUGCACAUGUUGAGGGAUUGUUUCAACAACGUGGGAUGGCUCUUCUCCGUUGCGAAAGUCCUCGGGAAAGUUGGGCUGCUGGUGAUGGACACGAUUCCGCAGACGCCGUACUUCUGGGCUAUCCACCUCACGGAGGAAUGCCAUCAAAAUAUGCUGAAGCUCUUCACUUCCUUGGCAGAAGUAGAAUCUCAGUUGCCCUUUCUAGCAAAACAGGAUGUCCAGCGAGGGACACGAUGCCUGGCAGAGUGCAUUGUGGGGGACGAAGGCAAAGCCUGGAACAGGUGUUGGGUUUUGGACAAAUCGGAGGAUCUGGCAGUCGUGUUCUUUGUGGAUUUUGGCUGCUUGUCCACCGUGACGUUGAACUCUCUCCGGAAGCUGGACAAGGAUGAAUUCUGGGUGAUAAACCCUUUGGCCCAGCCCUUCAUGCUCCAGGAAGACGUUCUCCCACCUCAGGUCAUGAUGAGGCAGAUCCUGGAAGGAGAAGUGGUUGGUCCAUGGCUGAAGGAGCCGCAUAUUUUGAAAUUCAUUCCAAAGAGGACUAGGAAGAAUUCCAGAGAGCCCGUCGAUGACGUCUGGUCUGGGGUGGGGCAGGCGGAUUCUGUUUCAAAGAGUUUUAUAGAGAUGGGUAAGCCUGCAGAAGCUUUGCCCAAAAUUAACUAAU